AUGGAAACUGAUGAGGAUGUUCCUAAAGAAAUGUAUGAUAGUUUCUCAGCCAGAAAAGAAAUGCAAAGGACUCGUGCAGAUCCUAGAAAUGCUUCAGCAAGACAGGAGACGCAACUCGAAUGCAGUGCGGCUCAAGUUAUUCAAGGAUUUGCACUUACGCAUGCUAAUUACACUCAAGCAGUCGAUUUACUGAAGGAGAGGUUCGGACAGUCUCAUAUAAUCAUUCAUGCGUAUAUCCAGGCGUUACUAAAUCUGCCAGCCCCGAACAAUACUCUACACAGUAUGAGAAAUUAUAUCGACAAAUUAGAAGCUCACAUCCGUGGAUUGAAGUCCCUAGGCCAAUUUCAAAAUACUUAUGGAACCCUUUUAGUACCAGUCAUUAUAGAAAAACUUCCGGCAAAAAUUUGCAAGAGUUUAGCACGAGAAAAUGACAGCGAUAAGCGGUUUUUAGAAACUUCACGAAGAGCGUUAUACCGUGAACUGAAUAUCAUGGAGGCCGGGCAGACUACAGAUGAUUUAACAUGUUAUAGAACUACAGCGUCGUUUUUCACGGGCACGAGACAGAAAACAGGAAUCGGAAGUCAUGUGACAUGGAAUUCCGCACGAAAAACGUUUGAUGACCAGGAACAGUGUAUAUUUUGCAACGAAUGUCACAAUACCAAAAACUGUGCAAACGUAACUGAUGUGAGAGCUAGAAAAGACAUUAUAAGAAAUAAGCAUUUAUGUUUUAAUUGCUGGAAUAUUCACCACCAAGUCAUUAACUGUCCAUCAAACUACAGGUGUUUCAAAUGUAGAAGAAAACAUCACACUAGUAUAUGUGAUAGUAGUCCAGAUUCAAAUCUAAAUAUCGGUGCUAGCGAGUCAACCCGAUCUUCAACCGAAUAUCAACCCACAAAUCAAGCACAGAUUGCAAUUUUGCAAUCAAGCGCCGCACAUGAAGCGUUCAUAGAUUACGACACGUAG